AUGUCAUGUACUACGUUUGCUAUAUGUCUAAAUUAUUUUAUUAAUGACUUUGAUUCACCAAUAUUUGGAUCAUAUGGGAAACUUGGAUGGUUACAUUGGACAAAUGAGCAACAAUGGAUUGUUCUUUAUGCUCAAAAUUUAACAUUAUUUGCAUUUGUAUGGUAUUUAGUACCUAUAUUAAUAUUUAUUCCCAUACAAGAAUUGGUAAAAAUGCAUGAUAUGAAACAUUAUACUAAAUUUCAAAAAAGAUCAAAAUUGUUAUUUAAUACCAAAUUAGGAAUGCAUUCACCAGUUUAG